GGGAUAAGUCAUUUUUGGAGGAGAAACUAUGAAUCAAAAUAUUUUUCUAAGAUACUAAGAACAAGUUUCUCAAAUUAUUUCUUUUUAUCUUUGAAAUUCAUAAAUAUUUUAUAUAGUCCAGAUAUUGAAUUCGAUACAAUUUCUUGUGAUUCAGUUAGAACAAUAGAAAUCCAUUUUGAUACUAAAUCAUUUCUGUUCUUAGCUAUUAGAUGAAGGAUUCGUAGAGGACAAGCACCUCAAUUCAAAAAGAUUGUUUGAAUUCAUAGAGAGUAUUAUGCAAGGAGUCAAGAAGAAUAUUUUAGUGCAGCUUUUAUUAUGAGACGCGAUAUUUUUCUCCUGUUUAGAGUGUCCACAUUUUGUCCAACCGAUCUGGUUUGAGUCUACUCGUAUCCAGAUAUUUGGUCGGCUCGUUUUCCAGUUCAAAUUUUAGGAUAUACUUCGUAUAUUUAAUAUUUUUAUUUUUUAAUUUAUAAGACUUAAGACCAUUUAUUUUUAUUAAAGCAAAUGUGGUAGUCUGAUAUCAGUUACUGAAUUCGAUUCCAAGUUGCCAACCUUUUCAAUAUAAAUCUGGAAAGUUAGAAAUUGGAAAGAUGGAAACACCCUCAAUAGACUAGCUUCAGUUUCAAUCAAUUCUUUUAACCUGGACACCGGGUGGGAGGUAAUUGAGUCUUUUCGUUUUGUUUUUCUAGGAGAUGGUUUUUACUCUUUACCGUUUGACUAAAAUUUAUUCCUUCCAUUAGACCCGAUGCAUCAUAUUUCGACUGCUAUAUUAUCAAACGGCUUGAACACGAAAUUCAUUAAUCAGCGUUCGAAUCUCAGGUUGUGAAAACUGAAAAUAUGGGUUCCAUCGGAAAGGAUAGCAGGGAAGAAGUUAUACAGGCAUGGUAUAUGGAUGAUAGCAAUGCAGACCAGAGACUUCCCCAUCACCGUGAGCCAAAUCUGUUCGUCUCCUUUGACAAACUUGAUGAGCUUGGAGUGCUCAGCUGGAGGUUAGAUGCUGAUAAUUAUGAAAAGGAUGAGGUUUUGAAGCAAAUCCGUGAAUCCCGAGGAUAUUCAUACAUGGACUUUUGUGAGGUGUGCCCUGAAAAGUUGCCCAAUUAUGAAGAGAAGAUAAAAAAUUUCUUUGAAGAGCAUCUUCACACUGAUGAAGAAAUCCGCUAUUGUGUUGCCGGGAGUGGUUAUUUUGAUGUACGCGAUAAGAAUGAUGAAUGGAUCCGGAUCUGGGUGAAGAAAGGAGCGAUGAUCACCCUACCUGCUGGAAUUUAUCACCGUUUUACCCUUGAUUCUAAUAAUUACAUUAAGGCGAUGCGACUCUUUGUUGGUGACCCAGUUUGGACUCCGUUCAACCGCCCACAUGACCAUCUCGACGCAAGGAAAAAGUACAUUGAAACAUUUGGGAUGGAUGAUGCUACUACAGGUCUUGCUGUUGAUGCUGCUGCCUAAGUAUGCUAUUGUACUACCAACUACACUACAGACUAUUAUAUAGAACCAAGAAACUUUAACAUCAUGGGGCCUGUUAUCGUUACACUUUGAUAAAAUAAUGUUUCCCAUAGGCAUGUGUAUUCUAUGUGAUGGCCAUGGAUUCAGUUUGAUUAUAUGUAUAAAUAUGUGAGUUUGUGAUGACAAUUUUUGCCAGUGUUGAACUGCUGACAUGAAUUUGCCCAAUUAGAGGAAGAAGCACCUGAAGAUAUUACCUCUAAAGUCUAAACAUGACUGGGAAGGGAGGAUGUACAAUGCCUUAUCAAAUACAACAAAAACAUUUGUUUAGCAUUACAGCAUCAACAACUCACAACUGUACUGGGAUUCUUGGAAAUAAACUUGCCAUGAAGGAAGAGUUGAAAAGCAAUAACAAGUUCUUUGUAAAUGUGUGAAAGACAUGAUUAUAAUCAUGAGCUCCAGUGCAUGAAAAAUUAAAGAGCGAAGUGAUAAAGUGUAUUUUUUACUUGUACACUGUCAAACAGAGGUAGAGUGAUUUUCAUUAGAAUGGUACUCCUUGAUUGUUUCAGAUAUUAUUUGCUUCUAAUCUAACAGUUGUAUUUAAUAGUGUAAAAUAAUUAGAAUUAAUUAUUAGUCAGUAUCCUGAUUGUAUUAGACAUCUUAUUUCUCAG